CACCCGCCACCCGGCAGCUGGAUUCCUACGGGAGUUGCGGGCGGGGGCGGGGCCGGCUGAGGUCUGGGGGCGGAGCGUCCGGGCGGGGCGGGGCGCGGCGCGGGGCGGGCGGGAAUGUGCGCACCCCAGCUCCUGGCUCCGACCGAGCAUCCCGCGCCGACGGAGCUUUGCCGGAGCAGCGGUUCCGAGCUGCCGAAGCGUAUCAUGGCUGCUUUGAGACAGCCCCAGGUCGCGGAGCUGCUGGCCGAGGCCCGGCGAGCCUUCCGGGAGGAGUUCGGGGCCGAGCCUGAGCUGGCAGUGUCGGCGCCGGGCCGCGUCAACCUCAUCGGGGAGCACACGGACUACAACCAGGGCCUAGUGCUGCCUAUGGCCCUGGAGCUCGUGACCGUGCUGGUGGGCAGCCCCCGCGAGGAUGGGCUGGUGUCUCUCCUCACCACUUCUGCAGAUGCUGAUGAGCCCCAGCGGCUGCAGUUUCCGCUGCCCACAGCCCAGCGCUCUCUGGAGCCUGGAACCCCUCAGUGGGCCAACUAUGUCAAGGGAGUGAUUCAGUACUACCCAGCUGCCCCCCUCCCUGGCUUCAGUGCAGUGCUGGUCAGCUCAGUGCCCCUGGGGGGUGGCCUCUCCAGCUCAGCAUCCUUGGAAGUGGCCAUGUACACCUUUCUCCAGCAGCUACGUCCAGACUCAGGCACCGUGGCUGCCCGUGCCCAGGUGUGUCAGCGGGCCGAGCACAGCUUCGCAGGGGUUCCCUGUGGCAUCAUGGACCAGCUCAUCUCACUGAUGGGGCAGAGAGGCCACGCGCUGCUCAUUGACUGCAGGUCCUUGGAGACAAGCCUGGUGCCACUCUCGGACCCCAAGCUGGCCGUGCUCAUCACCAACUCCAACGUCCACCACUCCCUGAGCUCCAGCGAGUACCAUGUGCGGCGGCGCCAGUGUGAGGAAGUGGCCCGGGCGCUGGGCAAGGAAAGCCUCCGGGAGGUGCAGAUGGAAGAGCUGGAGGCUGCCAGGGACCUGGUGAGCAAGGAGGGCUUCCGGCGGGCCCGCCACGUGGUGGGGGAGAUUCGGCGCACAGCCCAGGCAGCAGCCGCCCUGAAGCGCGGGGACUACAGAGGCUUCGGCCGCCUCAUGGUGGAGAGCCACCGCUCGCUCAGAGACGACUACCAGGUGAGCUGCCCGGAGCUGGACCAGCUGGUGGAGGCCGCGCUCGCUGUGCCUGGGGUUUAUGGCAGCCGCAUGACGGGCGGUGGCUUUGGUGGAUGCACGGUGACACUGCUGGAGGCCUCAUCUACUCCCCAGGCCAUGCAGCAUAUCCAGGAGCAGUACAGCGGGACCGCCACCUUCUACCUCUCUCAAGCAGCCGAUGGAGCCAAGGUGCUGCCCUUGUGAGGUGCCCCCAGGACCGCACGCAGUGGGGAUGCAGGGCCUGCAGGCCAGUCCCACAGCUCUGUGCUAGUGCCACCUUCCAUAUCUGGGUGCUCAAUAAACUUGUGCCUCCAGCGUGGAACCUG